GUGAUAUCAUAAGUUUAUCUAGUACCAUGAUAAUUAGACUAUCUCUGGGUUAUCAGAAGAGCACUUACAGGCACCAGUCACAAACAGGACGUGCCAGGGACAAUAGCAUAGUAGUGCAUUGUGUCUUAUAUAACAGUUUGCAGUGAUGAGCGAUAACAGCACCAAGCCAUGGGAGAAGACCGAGGACAUCCCCAGGAGGUUUGACGAGCUGCCCCCUGAGCCUGGGUGGGUGCCAGUGGCUGACGUCAUCCGCACCAGCAGGGAGGAAGAGGCCAGGCAGGAGGCAGAGAGGGAGAAAUUCAAGAUCAAACCACCAGCAGAUUUUUACUUUGAGCCAUCUGAAGGCAAUGCUAAGCAAGGGAGUAGAAGUAGAGAGGAGAGGACACCAGCACACAAAGAGAAGGAGAGGAGGAGCCACGUGCCGUCAAAGAGAGCUGACGACACAUCAGUGCCCCCCAGUGUUGAUGACGUGACCCAGGCCAUGGUGGAGUGGGCCCUCAGUCCUGACCACUACCUGAAGAGGAAAUCCAAGCCUGCACAUCACGACCAGAUUAAACCACCAGCAGGAAAAGCAAGCCCUUCCCCACUCCUGCAGGAUAAGACUCACACUGCAAAGGAGAGACCAAUAGAGAAGCUAUCCACCAUAGCACCAAGAGACAAUAGCAAGCUUGCAUCACCACACAGGGAUGAGACGCAGCCAGAUAUGCCUAGGUCCUCCAGGGGGCACAAGCCUCACAAUCCAUUAGGCGCUGUGAGAAGGAGCCCUCAGCAGCCUGUCAGUAGUCGCAAGGAACAGCGCCUUCCGUACGAUGAACCAAGCCCUGACUAUGAUGGUGAUUACAAGACAUAUUAUUCCCAGUACAAUGAGCAGUACUACCAUGAGAGGCACCCAAAUGAGGACCUCCACUAUCACGAUGGGUACAGCUAUGAGGACAGAGGUGAGGUGGAUCCUUACCUCUACAACUCGACUCAAGACAAGUACCAAGAACACCAACUGUACCCUCCCCAGCAAGGCUAUGGCAAUCCUUACACCCACCCUUACAGCAACCCUGGGUAUGAGUACAGGGAGCCAGAAUACAUGUAUGAAGCUCAGAGGAGUCCCUACCAGCAGCCGUCAUUUUACUACAGAUCAGGGACACAGGAGGACCCAAGGGGGUAUCCUCAGCCACACUCCAGGUAUGAUGUGUUGUACUAACCUGCUUCCCUGGCUGUUGUGGUGGGGUUAUGAUGUGUUUAUUAUACUGCUUGCCUGAAUGUGCUAUUCCCUGGCUAGCUAAGGGUUAUGACGUGUUGUACUCACCUCCCUGGCUAUGCUGUUCCCUACUGACUGGCUAAGGGUUAUGGUGUGUUCAUUGUCCCUCAUGAUGUAGUCACACUCCCUGGUUCUGUCUAUAGAAGUCAUGCAGUGUGUACAGUAUGGAUUUUGUCAUUCUCAAGGGAGCAUAUGUCAUGGAUCUCUGUAUUAUGAGUUUUGAAGUUCUGAAUGGUGUCUUGGGUGGAUUCUGUCAUACUAGAGGAAGGAUAUAUCAUGAAUCUGUAUUAUAGGUUUUGGAAGCCAUAGAGUGUGCACAGUGUGGAUUCCGUUAUUCUGAAGGAAGUAGAAGUCAUGUCUCUCUGUGUUAUGGGUUUUGUAGGUUCUGAGUGGUGUCUUGCAGAAAUAGCUGAGUAAGUACCACCACUAUACACACAGCUUAUACUUAACACAGCCAUGGCUACAGUGAACUGUGUGUAUAUGUAAGAGGAGACUCUGGCCAAGAACAAAAUAGGCUGAAAAAAAGACCUAUUAUUUACUAACACCAAGGUUUUGUGAAUUGUGUAAACUCUGACAAGGUCAUGAUCAUCAAUGUGCUGUGCUGAAAACAUUCCUGUUAUGAUAUUUGCUGAUUAAAUAAAAUAUAUUAUACAUAU